UGAAAGGGGGUUGUGUUGUGAGGGGGGGUGAGUGAUAGUCGACGGCCGUGCGCGGAGGAAGCGGGCUCGGUUACCCCACCGGCAAGGCGGCCCUGGAGGCAGAUUGCAAUGUCUGGGUUUGAAAAUUUGAAUACAGAUUUCUAUCAAUCAAGUUACAGCAUUGAUGAUCAAGCAGCACAGUCAUACGGUGGAGACUAUGGAGGAGGAACAUACAGCAAACAAUAUGGUGGGUAUGAGUAUUCUCAGCAAGGUGGAUAUGUCCCUCCAGAGAUGAUGCCACAGCAACAGCCUUACACUGGCCAGAUUUUUCAGCCAACGCCAGCAUAUACUCCAUCCUCACCACAGUCUUUCUAUGGGAGCAGUUUUGAAGAUGAGCCACCCUUACUAGAAGAACUAGGAAUCAAUUUUGACCACAUCUGGCAGAAGACCUUGACAGUACUACACCCAUUAAAAGUAGCAGAUGGCAACAUCAUGAAUGAAACGGAUCUGGCAGGGCCGAUGGUUUUCUGCCUAGCCUUUGGUGCCACGUUAUUGCUGGCUGGCAAAAUUCAAUUUGGCUAUGUAUAUGGGAUUAGUGCAAUUGGAUGCUUAGGAAUGUUCUGCCUCCUAAACUUAAUGAGUAUGACUGGCGUUUCAUUUGGCUGUGUUGCGAGUGUCCUAGGAUACUGUCUCCUUCCUAUGAUUAUACUUUCCAGCUUUGCAGUUGUAUUUUCUCUACAGGGUUUGAUGGGAGUUAUUCUUGCUGCAGGAAUUAUUGGAUGGUGUAGCUUUUCCGCUUCCAAAAUCUUCAUUUCAGCCUUAGCAAUGGAAGGACAACAACUUCUAGUGGCAUAUCCAUGUGCUUUAUUAUAUGGAGUCUUUGCCCUCAUUUCUGUGUUUUGAGCUGACUGUCUUUAUUAUUGGACUUAAAUGGGCCAAACUGUAAGCCUCCACUUGGGAAACUUAAACUGGGACCAGAAAGCAUCUAUUGGGUCGCUAUCAUGCAAGGUUAAUGCUUGAAUUGUCGUCUGGAGCAACAACAAAGAAGUGUCUUGUGUUCCUUUUUAUAGGACUCUUGAAUAUGGUUUUGAAUUGACCUGUAAUGUCUAUCCUAGCUUUAAUACAGGUCCGUGAUUACACCGUUAAAAAUGUAAAUUUCUUUCUCUGACCUAUAGCCUCUGGAAAAAUAGUAUUGUUUUGAAAACUUUUGUAGAACAGAAGUUUUAUAGUUAAGAGGAAAUUAAACCAUGAACUUUAGUUUUCUCAUGCCAGCAUACAACUACAGUCCUAAACAAAAGAUGUACAUUCCCUUUAUUUCCUACCAAUUUUGCAACUAUAACAUUUAUCUCAAUAAAACUUUUCAAAGUUUACAGCACCCACUUAGAUUACUUUUGUUUACUGUAAAUGGCCCAAACUCACUGUUGAAGUUUCAUUUUGUAUGUAUUUGUAAAUACUUCUGUCACCUUGUAUACAUGUAAAAAAUGCUUGUUUUGACAGUAAAAAUUAAGAAUACAAUUUCAUUAGAUCACCCAAAGCAACCUGUUUCAGAAAGCAGCUUUAACAAAUUAAGAAUACAAUUUCAUUAGAUCACCCAAAGCAACCUGUUUCAGAAAGCAGCUUUAACAAGUGUCAAGAUUGCAAAUAUAAAACACACAGAUUAAGCAUCCCCCAAAUGUUUUUUGAAAAUAUUUUAAUUGACUUUAAAUAACAUAUUCCCAAAAACAUUGUGCAACCUUGAAUAGCUAAGAUACUCAUUUAGUCAAAGGAUCCAUCCCAUUGAGUAAAUACUACAUUUAAAUUACGGAGUACUUGAAUCCAAUGACAUAUAAUUAUAAACUGGCCUAGGUCUCAAGACUUGCUAAGAGUUGGACUCUUGCCCCAAAUAACCGAAAAAAUGUUUUAUUUAUAGUUGAUGUGACAAACUGCAUGUCACUGAAAAAGUAAUUUUUCAUCCUUAUGUUGGAAAAUGGUGGUAGAAAUGUUGAGUGUCACAUUGAGCAAUGUAGGUGAGAACCAGUGUAAUGAAAUACUACUUUUUUGCCAGCAAGUACCUAAUACAGUUUUUCUCAUUCCUGGAUCAAUGCAGUUCUCUAUACAGUAUGUUUUCAUGUAGCCUGGAACUGUUGGCUAAACUGUUUAAUAAAUGUCUUGCAAGAAUUUUGGGAAAUUUUGCACAUCAAAUCUUCAAUAUUUGUAAAUUAAAUUCCAUGCUUCAGCCA